UAAAUACCUCUCAUAGCUCAUCCACCACUAGACGUGUAAUUAACACAUAGAAGCAGAAGCAGAAGCACAAGGGCCUAAGGCAAAUUUUUCCGACCACUCAAAACCCUCCCUUAAUUGCUUUCUCUCUCAAUCGCUAAACAACUAAUUUGGUAGAAAGUAAGUAGACAUAGAAUAGACAUACCCCAAAUGGAGCUAAUGAGCGUGAACCAAACCCAAUUACUGUCUAGGAUUGCCAUCGGCGAUGGACAUGGUGAGAACUCCCCAUAUUUUGAUGGGUGGAAGGCUUAUGAAAAUGAUCCCUUUCAUCCCAUCAAAAAUCCUAAUGGGGUUAUCCAGAUGGGUCUUGCAGAAAAUCAGCUUACUUCUGACUUGGUUCAACAAUGGUUAAUGAGUAAUCCUGGGGCCUCCAUUUGCACUCCGGAAGGAGUGCGUGAUUUCAAGGCCAUAGCUAAUUUUCAGGACUACCAUGGUCUGCCGGAGUUCACAAAAGCCGUGGCUAAAUUCAUGGGAAGAACGAGAGGUAAUAGAGUGACGUUCGACCCCGACCGUAUUGUUAUGAGCGGUGGAGCAACCGGAGCACACGAGGUCACUGUCUUCUGUUUAGCAGAUCCCGGCGAUGCAUUUUUGGUCCCCACACCUUAUUAUCCAGGUUUCGACAGGGAUUUGAGGUGGAGAACGGGCGUUGAACUUGUUCCAGUUAUCUGCGAAAGCUCUAACAAUUUCAAGUUGACAAGGGAAGCGUUGGAAGAAGCGUACGAGAAAGCGAAAGAGGAGAAGGUGAGAAUAAAAGGGUUGCUAAUCACAAACCCGUCAAACCCAUUAGGAACCACGAUGGACCGAGAAACUCUAAGAACAGUGGUGAGUUUCAUCAACGAAAAACGCAUCCACCUAGUAAGCGACGAAAUCUACGCGGGCACAGUUUUCGGGCAGGGUGGCAACAGUUUCACGAGCAUCUCCGAAAUAAUAGAGGAAGAGAAAGACAUAGAAUGCGACCAUGACCUAAUCCACGUGGUUUAUAGUCUCUCGAAGGACAUGGGGUUCCCCGGGUUCAGAGUUGGCAUCAUAUACUCUUACAACGACGCAGUGGUGAAUUGCGCGCGCAAAAUGUCCAGCUUCGGGUUAGUGUCCACGCAGACGCAAUACCUCUUGGCCUCGAUGCUUAAUGAUGAUGAGUUUGUGGAAGGGUUCGUGGAAGAGAGUGGAAAACGGCUUGCGAAAAGGUACGGUGUUUUGUGUAGGGGACUUGGGGAAGUUGGCAUAAAGUGCUUGGAGAGCCAUGCGGGAGUUUUUGUGUGGAUGGAUUUGCGUCAUCUUUUGAAGAGGGCUAGUUUUGAAGCGGAAAUGGAGCUCUGGAGAGUGAUUAUUGAGCAAGUUAAGAUAAACAUUUCCCCUGGCUCUUCUUUUCACUGUUGCGAGCCAGGGUGGUUCAGGGUGUGCUAUGCCAACAUGGAUGACAGAGCCCUGCAGCUUUCUCUGGCCAGAAUGCGAACCUUCGUCACCCAAGGCAAGAAAUCUUGUGGCCUUAGAGAGUUGAGGCUCAGCUUCUCUUCCCGAAGGUUGGAUGAGUUCUUAUCCUCACCUCACUCACCUUUUCCUCAGUCGCCUCUUGUUAAAGCCACUACUUGAUCAUAAGUCAUAACCAACCACGUUACAACUUACAAUAUUCGAUCCUCUUUACUCCCAUGCUUCAUGCCUCCUGGGGAUUUUUCUUUUCUUCUUUUUAACUUAUUGCUUUCAUGCUCAAACAAGUUUGUAACAUUCUUGUUUUUCGUUUACGUAUUCUGUUAUGGACAUUGUAAUGUCAACAUUAAUAUUAAUAAUAAAUGUCUUCAUUUUUCUAUCCA